AUAGAAGAAUCUCUCUUGUGGUGUCAGUUCCAAUGUAAGCCACAAAAGACAUGUAGUUUGGGUCUGACAAAUGUGAACCACCAAAUUCUGAUUUUUCUAGGUAAACCUAUCCUAUGAGAUUCUGCAUGCCACGUGGCAACCCCCCAUCUAAUUUCUGGUUCACAUUCUAUCCUUCGAGAUAAGAACCAUGCAUACAUACACUUAACAAAAUUGCAUUUUCUAUCCCACUCAUCAUUUAAUCACACACACCAACAUAACACAACAACUCACUAAGCCAAACCAUUUUAUCUCUCUAACAUUGUCAUGGCUUCCGCGUGUGCUUCAUCUGCCAUUACAGCCGUUGCAAUCUCUACCCCAAGUUCUCAGAAGAAUGGAUCACUCUUGGGAACCACAAAAACUUCUUUUCUUAGUGGGAGGAAACUGAAGGUGAACACCUUCACAGCACCAGUUGGAGGACGAUCCACCACUACAGUGUGUGCAGCUGCUGACCCUGACAGGCCUCUGUGGUUCCCUGGCAGCACCCCUCCUCCAUGGCUAGAUGGAAGCUUGCCAGGAGAUUUUGGGUUUGAUCCUCUUGGUCUUGGAUCUGAUCCUGAGACCCUGAGAUGGAAUGUUCAAGCAGAACUUGUGCACUGCAGAUGGGCAAUGUUGGGUGCUGCUGGCAUUUUCAUCCCAGAAUUCCUAACAAAGAUUGGUGUUCUGAACACCCCCUCAUGGUACAGUGCUGGAGCGCAGGAAUACUUCACAGACACUACCACACUGUUCAUUGUUGAGCUCUUUUUCAUUGGAUGGGCUGAGGGUAGAAGGUGGGCUGAUAUCCUCAAGCCAGGAUGUGUCAACACUGACCCUAUCUUCCCCAACAACAAGCUCACAGGAACUGAUGUUGGGUACCCAGGUGGGCUUUGGUUUGAUCCACUUGGCUGGGGAUCUGGUUCUCCUGAGAAGAUCAAGGAGUUGAGAACAAAGGAGAUCAAGAAUGGGAGAUUGGCCAUGUUGGCUGUGAUGGGAGCAUGGUUCCAGCACAUUUACACUGGCACUGGUCCUAUUGACAACCUCUUUGCUCACCUUGCAGAUCCUGGCCAUGCUACUGUUUUUGCUGCUUUCACUUCCAAGUGAGAUGGAUAAGAACAACUCUAUGAUUGCAAGCUUUGGAGAAACAUUGGCAAACCUGUUUAACUAAGUAGUAAAGCUUAAAUGCUUUUAGGAGGAAUGUUUCUGUGGUGAAGCUUGUAAAAUGGUUACUUCUAUGUAUUGCACAGAUUGAUGAUUCAAUGUACAAAUACCUAUUUAUGUU